AUAAAAUAUCUUUCUUUUUAGUUAUACACAGUUUCCGAUCAAUUGGAAGUUGUGGGGAAAGUUAUAUGUACUUUCUUUGAAAUGGAAACUCUGUUCUGUGUUUUAAGCAAUGAGUUUCUGGGAUACAAGUAUCUCAACUCAUGGUUCAUGUUUUUAUAAUUUUUGUUCAUGAAAGUUGCUGCUGAUCCAUCUCUAUUUGAAGUGCUUUGUUUCAUAUUGCUAUAUGCAGCUGAGCUUUGGCUACCGUGAAGGAAAUUUUUUUUUUGGUAUUUUCAUGUGCUUUCAGAAUUCUAAAAUUGAGACACACACCAAAGGCAAGGGCUUCUGUUGCGAUGGGGCAGUAUUUUGGUGCUGAAUAUGUUACUAUUGGUGAAGCGCCAACUACCACGGUAGAUAACUUUAAGAAAGUAUCGGUUUUACCACUUAUUUUCUUGAUCUUCUAUGAGGUUUCCGGAGGACCAUUCGGGGUUGAGGACAGUGUCCAAGCUGCUGGACCAUUUCUUGCUCUUCUUGGAUUUUUGGUGUUUCCAUUCAUCUGGAGCAUUCCAGAAGCGUUAAUUACUGCUGAGAUGGGCACUAUGUUCCCCGAAAAUGGUGGUUAUGUUGUUUGGGUUUCAUCGGCAUUAGGUCCCUAUUGGGGGUUUCAGCAAGGCUGGAUGAAAUGGCUGAGUGGGGUCAUUGAUAAUGCUUUAUAUCCCGUUUUGUUUCUUGACUAUUUGAAGUCCGGAAUCCCUGCUGUAGGAGGUGGUUUACCUAGAAUCUUCGCUGUCCUAGCUUUGACUUUAGUUCUCACAUACAUGAACUAUAGGGGUUUAACCAUUGUAGGAUGGGUUGCUGUGCUUCUUGGGGUUUUCUCGAUCCUUCCUUUUGUGGUCAUGGGGCUUGUUUCGAUUCCAAAAUUAGAGCCUUCAAGAUGGCUUGUCGUAGACACACAUCAUGUCGAUUGGAAUUUAUAUUUGAAUACACUCUUUUGGAAUCUAAACUAUUGGGACUCAAUUAGUACACUUGCUGGAGAGGUGGACAACCCUAAGAAAACUCUCCCGAAUGCCUUGUUUUAUGCUUUGAUCUUGGUGGUUCUUGGAUAUUUCUUUCCGCUAUUAGUUGGUACAGGGGCUCUUCCCCUUGAUCGUGAGUUAUGGACUGAUGGUUAUUUCUCGGACAUUGCUAAAAUUAUCGGUGGAGUUUGGUUGAGAUGGUGGAUCCAAGCAGCUGCAGCAAUGUCGAAUAUGGGGAUGUUUGUGGCUGAGAUGAGCAGUGACUCUUUCCAACUUUUGGGAAUGGCCGAGCGCGGGAUGCUACCAGAGUUCUUUAGCAAGAGGUCUCGCUACGGAACUCCUCUAACUGGGAUCCUAUUUUCAGCUUCAGGCGUUUUAUUGUUGUCAUGGUUGAGCUUUCAAGAGAUUGUAGCUGCGGAGAACUUCUUGUACUGUUUCGGGAUGAUUUUGGAGUUCAUAGCAUUUGUUCGGUUAAGGAUGAAAUAUCCAUCUGCAUCGCGACCUUACAAAAUACCCGUGGGGACGGUCGGCUCAAUCCUUAUGUGCAUUCCUCCGACCAUAUUGAUUUUUGUUGUGUUGGCUCUUUCUUCGCUCAAAGUUGCAGUGAUUAGCCUCGUGGCUGUUGCAAUCGGGCUGGUAAUGCAACCUGGUCUCAAGUACGUCGAGAAAAGAAGAUGGCUCAAGUUCUCUACUAGUGCAAAACUUCCCGACUUAAACGUUCCUGGUGACGACGACACCGAUCCCAUAAUAAGAUGACAUUAAAACUCCAAGGUAAAGUUGUUGGUUGAUUCCCCAGGCCUUAAUCUUC